UGCAGGUUCCAGUGAAGGUGCUGCAUGCUCACGGCGAUGACGUCACCGCAGCCCGGUUCUGCUGCGGCGACCGCGGCGUCCUGAGCUGCUCGUUGGACGGCAGCGCCAUCCUCUGGGACGUGGAGAGCGGCCGGCCUCUGAGGCUGUUUGCUGGAGUUCACAGCAGAAGCAUCACUGAGUGUGCUCUGAUCCCCACCAGCAACAGGUGUGUGUGUGUGUGCGUGUGUGUCAGGAUGGUGACGGUGUCCUGGGACAGGAAGAUGGUGGCCUGGGACCUGGAGACGGGACGUGUCCUGUGGGAGACGGAGUUGGACGGCCUGCUGACGUCCUGCAGCUGCUCGUCUGACGGCCGGCUGCUGGUCUGCGCCGCCGAGCCUCAGGACGCUGUCUACGUCUGCGGCGCCUCCGGUGGCCAGAUGUUGCAUCGCAUCAGCAACCACCACUGCUGCACCAUCACACGGGUCCGCUUCGACCCUCCGGACCAGCGGGUGGCAUCGGUGUCCGCAGACCGGACCAUCAAGCUGUGGGACCUGCAGGCCAAGAGGACGACCAUGUCCAUCAGCAGUAACCAUAGCAACGUGGUUUCCAGCUGCUGCUUCAACGGCAACGGGCACUUCCUGUGCACGGCAUCAUGGGAUAAGACGCUGAAGCUGUGGGACCUGCAGGGGGGGCAGUUCCGGUCCCGGGGCGGCACGGCGCUGCAGCGCGGCCAUGAGGGCAGCGUGAGCUGCUGCGUCCUGUCUGCUGACGGUGACCUGCUGGUGUCCGGCUCCUACGACCGGACCGUGGCGCUGUGGGAUCCGUCCUCGCUCCGCCGGACUCUGGUUCUGAGGGGCCACUCUGAUUGGGUGACGGACGUGUCUCUCAGCGCUGACAGGAAGCUGGUUGUCUCUUCUUCCAAGGACGGCAGCGUCCGGCUGUGGGACGUGCAGAACAUGGAGCAGAUCCCCGAGGUGAUGCAGAUCAAAAGCGGAGAGGGAACCGGGGUCCAGAUCCUGAAGUGUGAAGAGUGUGGAAGGCCGUUCCCGGUGUCCAGACUGCUGACCUCUGACCUGCUGACGCGCUGCGUCUUCUGCCGCCUCAAAGCUCCGCCCACGUUCCGCCUCCCGCCGUCGCUGUCUCCCUGCCCGUCUCCUCUGAUUGGUGGAGAGCGCAGUGACGCCUGAUGAGCUCAGGAACAGGGAGCAGAGUGAGCAUCCCAUGUUUGCUGCGUACAAGAUCUUCGGAUGGGUCUGGGGAGGUCACAUGAUGCGUUACCAUGGUUGCGAAGCUUCCAGAACCAUGACCCAUUCAAUCCUUUCUCUCUGAACUUUGACCUUUUCAGGUUAAAAUUUUACAUUUUUUCUAAUUUACAUCAUUUUUGUUUAGUUUGUUUCAUUUUAGGUCUGGAAGUGAGAAAACAAAAUUAAUAAAAUCCUUCAAUAAUAUAACUACAGGUUAAUUACCAUGACCAGGGGGCGGGGCUUCCUCUGCACCAGUCCUUGUGAUUGGUCUGAAGGAAACACGCUGUGGUGCCUGGCCAAUCAGACGCCAGCGUCUCAUGAGCGGCAUCACGGGAAACAGCAAAUGAUGACGUUCUGGUCAUCAGAGUCGGAGUUUAAUUCAUUGCAGCGGCUUUCGCUUUGUUCAAUAAGAUUAUUAAUUUGUAGAUUAUUAAUCUGCAGACUGACUGUGCUGCUUGGUUGAACUUCGUCUCUUCUGUUUUCUCUCAUUUCCAUUUGGGUCAAUAAAUCUACCAUCACCAGGAAACAUUGAA